UCCUUCAGAUUGUGAAGGAGUCCCAGCAGCAGCAUGGCUUGCGGCACGGUGACUUCCAGCGGUACAGGGGUUAUUGCUCCCGCAGGCUAAGGCGGCUCCGAAAAACUCUCAACUUCAAGAUGGGAAACAGGCAUAAGUUCACUGGGAAGAAAGUAACAGAAGAGAUUCUUUCAGACAACAGGUAUUUGCUGUUGAUUCUGAUGGAUGCAGAGAGAGCCUGGAGUUAUGCCAUGCAGCUUAAGCAGGAAGCCAACACGGAGCCACGCAAACGGUUUCACCUGCUGUCCCGCCUGCGCAAAGCGGUGAAACACGCCGAGGAGCUGGAGCGCCUGUGCGAGAGCAACCGGGUGGAUGCCAAAACAAAGCUGGAAGCUCAGGCAUACAUGGCUUACCUCACAGGAAUGCUUCGUUUUGAACACCAGGAGUGGAAGGCAGCCAUGGAGGCUUUCAACAAGUGCAAGACCAUAUAUGAGAAACUGGCCAAUGCUUUCACAGAGGAACAAGCUGUGCUGUAUAACCAGCGUGUGGAAGAGAUCUCUCCCAACAUUCGCUACUGUGCUUACAAUAUUGGUGAUCAGUCUGCUAUCAGUGAACUGAUGCAGAUGAGGCUGAGGUCUGGUGGCACAGAAGGUCUUCUUGCAGAGAAACUGGAGGCGCUGAUUACCCAAACUCGAGCAAAGCAGGCAGCUACCAUGAGCGAGGUGGAGUGGAGGGGCAGAACUGUCCCUGUGAAGAUAGACAAAGUGAGGAUCUUCUUACUGGGGCUGGCUGACAACGAAGCAGCCAUCGUCCAGGCAGAAAACGAGGAAACGAAGGAACGUUUGUUUGAAUCUCUGCUCAGCGAGUGUAGGGAUGCCAUUCAGGCUGUUCGGGAAGAUCUGAAACCAGACCAGAAGCAACGGGAGCACUCUCUGGAAAUGGAUUCUGGGAAGGUGUCCAACAUUCAGUACUUACACAGUUACUUGACUUAUAUCAAGCUGUCGACCGCCAUCAAGCGCAAUGAGAGCAUGGCAAAGUCUCUGCAGAAGGCCCUGCUGCAGCAGCAGCGCUCAGAGGAGGAUGGCAAGCGCACGCCGCGGCCUCAGGACCUCAUUCGUCUCUAUGAUAUCAUCCUGCAGAACCUUGUGGAACUGACACAGCUUCCUGGCCUAGAAGAGGACAAGAACUUCCAAAAAGAGAUUGGACUGAAGACACUGGUAUACAAAGCUUACAGGUGUUUCUUCAUCGCACAGUCCUACGUCCUGGUGAAGAAGUGGAGUGAAGCUCUUGUUCUCUAUGAGAGGGUGCUGAAAUAUGCUGGUCAAGUCCAGUCAGAAGCUGGAGCUUAUAAGAACAGCUUGAAGGACCUGCCUGAUGUUCAAGAUCUGAUCACUCAAGUCAAUGCAGAGAAAUAUUCCUUGCAAGCAGCAGCUAUAUUAGAUGCAAACGAUACUCAUGAGACUGAGUCUCCAUCUCAGGUCAAGGAUGGCAAGCCACUCUCCGAACGGUUUGAGACUUUCUGUCUGGAUCCUUCUCUUGUCAGCAAGCAAGUCAGCCUGGUGCACUUUCCUCCGGGAUUCCAGCCCAUUCCUUGCAAGCCCUUGUUCUUUGACCUGGCCCUUAACCAUGUUGCUUUCCCACCUCUGGAGGACAAGGUGGAGCAGAAGGCCAAAAGUGGCCUUACAGGAUAUAUCAAGGGCAUCUUUGGAUUCAAAAGUUAACCAGGACCCCUCUGAGGAACGGAGGUUUUAUUCUGUAUUGAAGGAAAAGCUCCAAGAGGUUCUAGGACAUAAAUAUCUGCAGCUGAAACUGGCAGAGGGAGGUUUUACCAUCAUCUUCCCUAUGUUCUGUGUAUGUGUCUGUGCACUUGCAUUCUCUCCCAGUGUGUUAGAGGCAAACAGUUUAUUCAAGUACAUAAGUACACUAUAAAUCCUUGAAAAUAUCCAGAGCACAGAGAAAUUCCAUUCUGUUUGGAGAAUUUGGAGCUCACUUUGUGACCAGUGGCUUGUUCAGGGCCAGUACACAUAUACUUACCAUGGACCAGGGCAUAGGCAUAUCUUGAUAUUUG